AAACGGUGGGAUUUUUCACUCCAUUCCCGCAUUCCGAAUAAAUAUUUAUACUUUUUCCUGCAUUUCAUUGGAAUGUUCUCGCUGUUGCACAAGGAGGAAAAUGCGCACGAAAACGCGCUGUGGGCCUGCACCUGGGGCCGGGAUACAGAGCCGGCCGACCCGGAAGACGGCGCCACGGAGCCCGAGGAGGAGAAUCCUUUUGACUUUGAAAAAAAGGAGAAGCCCCCAAAGGACUUCAUAGUCACCGGUGGACUCGAUGACCUGGUUAAGGUGUGGGACGUGCGGGAGGACAACACACUGCAACUGCGCCACAAACUUAAAGGACACGCUCUAGGCGUUGUCUCUGUGGCAGUCAGUUCCGAUGGCAAAACCAUUGCCAGUAGUUCUCUAGAUUCCAGCAUGUGCUUGUGGGAUGCCCGGACUGGAGACAGAAAGCACUUGCUCACGUUUGGCCCUGUGGAUCUUUGGACGGUGGGAUUCUCGCCCUGUGAUAAGUACGUUAUCUCCGGGUUGAACGACGGCAAGAUCUCAAUGUACAGCGUGGAAACUGGAAAGGCAGAACAAACCUUGGACGCCCAGAAUGGAAAAUACACACUGAGCAUUGCCUAUAGUCCCGAUGGCAAGUACAUAGCCAGUGGAGCCAUAGACGGUAUCAUAACCAUCUUUGACGUGGCUGCGGGCAAAGUAGCUCAAACCUUGGAGGGUCAUGCUAUGCCGGUGCGGAGUCUUUGUUUUUCGCCCAACUCUCAAAUGCUGCUGACAGGCUCAGACGAUGGUCACAUGAAGCUCUACGACGUGGCGCACUCGGACGUGGUGGGUACUCUCUCUGGGCACGCUUCCUGGGUGCUCUGCGUGUCCUUCUCGGAUGAUGGUAAGCACUUUGCCAGCUCCUCCAGUGACCGCAGUGUCAAGGUGUGGGACACAUCGGAACGCAAGUGUUUGCACACCUUUACUGAGCACUCCGAUCAAGUGUGGGGAGUGCGCUACAGCCCGGGAAACGAUAAGGUGGCCUCCGCCUCCGAGGACAAAUCGCUGAAUAUCUACUACUGCCCGCCAAAUGCCAUUGUGUGAUUGAAGUUCCGUAUAAUAAAACGUAGGCUUAAAACAACUAA